UGUCAGCUGCUCCUUUGCAGGGGAGAGCUGGGUCUUGGCCUGGCUCAGAAGACCUAAGAGUGAGUUCAGGGGGGAGGACAAGGUGCUGGGACCACAGCAGCAACAACAGCUGGAAGAGAGAAGGAACAUGGAUGUGGACAACCACAGCUGGAGACGAGAAGGUCCAGAGCGCUAUUCGCUGCGGCUCCUAGCUGCCAAGGGCAAGCAGAACAGGAUUGGCUGAACGCAUGAAACUGUCCCCACAAAACCUAAAGGCAGCAGGGCCUGUGUGCUGCUGACCAAUCGCUUUGCUUUUAUCCCUCGUCUGGAGCCCUAGGGAAAGUGUGGACCUUAACCAUCGAACGUGACCUUCACCUGUCACAGCCUGGUUAAUUUUUACCUCUUAAUGCUGUUCAUGGUCCUCCCCUUACCCUACUACAUAAAAGCCCAGGACAGGUGCUGCAGACCUCUCCUCUAAGAAUUUCCCCCAGAUCCCUGCUCUCCCAUAUCCAGUCCCCCUUCACCUCCAUCCCUCACCCCCUCACACUGCCACCAUGGCCAAAGGCUUCUUCAUCUCCAAGACGCUGGGCAUCGUGGGUAUCCUUUUUGCUGUAGCAGCUAUAUGCACCAUCAUCACCUUGUCAGUCCUAUACUCAGAGGAGAAGAAUAACAAUAAGCAGAGACUAGAGAAACCCACCAGUCAAAUUCCCGACACUGAAGCCACUCCGGCCGCCACGGCCCCCACGACCCUGGAUCCAAGCCUAGCCUGGAACAGAUACCGGCUGCCAAAGUCGCUGAUCCCUGACCAUUACACUGUGAAGCUGAGGCCCAAUCUGACCACCGAUGACCGGGGCCUAUACAUCUUUUGGGGUGAGAGUACUGUUCGCUUCCUUUGUAAAGAGGAAACCGAUGUCAUUAUCAUCCACAGUAACAAACUCAACUACACCAUGAAGGAUGGCUACCACGUGAGUCUGAAGGGAGUAAAUGGCUCCCAGCCCCCCCAGAUUGAUAGUACUGAGCUGGUGACGACAACCCAGUAUCUGGUUGUGCAUCUGCAAAGUAAACUGGUAGUAGGCCAUCACUAUGAGAUGGAGAGUACCUUUGUGGGAGAGUUGGCUGACGACCUGGCUGGCUUUUACCGCAGCGAGUAUACUGAAGAUGGAGUGAACAAGGUGUUGGCCACGACACAGAUGGAAGCCCCUUAUGCCCGUAAAUCCUUCCCAUGCUUCGAUGAGCCAGGCAUGAAGGCUACAUUUGACAUCACACUGAUCCACCCCUCUGAUCAUAUAGCCAUCUCCAACAUGCCUGUCAAAUCUUCUGUUAAACAAGAUGAUAAUUGGAACAUCACUCAGUUUGACACCACCCCAAGGAUGUCCACGUAUCUCUUGGCUUAUAUUGUUUGCCAGUUUGAAGCAGCAGAGGAACAGGGAAGAGAUGUACAGAUCCGAAUCUGGGCCCGUCCCCAAGCAAUCGAGGCAGGACAUGGACAAUAUGCCUUGAAUAUCACCGGCCCCAUCCUUGAUUUUUUUGCAGAUCAUUACAACACACCCUAUCCGUUGCCCAAGUCUGAUCAGGUAGGCCUGCCAGACUUCAGCGCUGGAGCCAUGGAGAACUGGGGCCUUGUGACCUACCGGGAGAAUUCACUGCUAUUUGAUGAGUUAUCCUCCUCCAUUAGCAACAAGGAGCGAGUGGUUACAGUGAUUGCCCAUGAACUUGCCCACCAGUGGUUUGGCAACCUAGUCACUGUGGAAUGGUGGAAUGACCUGUGGCUGAAUGAAGGCUUUGCUUCCUACGUGGAGUACCUGGGGGCUGACUUUGCUGAGCCUUCCUGGAACUUGAAAGACCUCAUAGUGCUGAAUGAUGUGCACCAAGUGAUGGCCAUUGAUGCCCUGGCCUCUUCCCAUCCGCUGUCCACCCCUGAAGAUGAAAUCAACACCCCAGCCCAGAUCAGCGAGCUCUUUGAUACUAUCACCUAUAGCAAGGGAGCCUCAGUUCUUCGGAUGUUGUCCAGUUUCCUUACAGAAGACCUCUUCAAAACGGGCUUGUCAUCCUACCUGCACACAUUUUCUUACAACAAUACAGUCUACCAGAAUCUAUGGGAUCACCUUCAACAAGCUGUGGACAGACAGACUGCUGUGCAAUUGCCUGUUUCUGUACAAGAGAUCAUGGAUCGGUGGAUCCUCCAGAUGGGCUUUCCUGUGCUGAAACUGGACACGACCACUGGUGUUCUCUCUCAGCAACACUUCCUGCUAGACCCUACCUCCAAUGUCACUCGUUCCUCUCAAUUUAACUACCAGUGGAUAGUGCCUAUCUCUGCAACCAAAAAGGAAGGAGGAAGUUAUUCUGGAUGGCUUAGUGGAGAUGAGUCAGCCGUUUAUGACCAGCUUAAAGUGACAAAUGAUAAUGAUUGGGUACUCUUGAACAUCAACAUGACUGGUUAUUACCUGGUGAAUUAUGAUGACAGAAAUUGGAAGCAACUUCAGAAUGAGCUACAAACUAACCUUGCCAGCAUUCCAGUCAUUAACAGGGCUCAGAUCAUCCAUGAUGGCUUUAACCUAGCCAGGGCCCAACAUAUCCCAACAACCCUGGCUCUGGAAAACACACUCUUUUUGGAAAAUGAAGUGGAAUACAUGCCCUGGGAGGCUGCCCUCAGCAGUCUUAGCUACUUCCAGCUCAUGUUUGAUCGAUCAGAAGUGUAUGGCCCCAUGAAGAACUAUCUGAAGAGACUGGUUACUCCAUUAUUUGAGCAUUUUAAAAGCCUCACCAAUAAUUGGGCUGACCGUCCUCCCACACUGACUGAACAAUACAAUGAGAUCAAUGCUAUUAGCACAGCCUGCUCUAAUGGUAUUGUUGAAUGUGGGGACCUGGCCUCAAACCUCUUCAAGCAGUGGAUGAAUGACCCCUCAAACAAUCCGAUCCACCCCAAUCUGAGAUCUACCAUUUACUGCAAUGCCAUUGCCAGAGGUGGAGAAGAAGAGUGGGAAUUUGCCUGGAACCAGUUCCUUAAUGCCACUCUGGUAACAGAGGCUGAUAAGCUUCGCUCAGGAAUGGCCUGCAGCAAAGAAGUGUGGAUCUUACAGAGAUACCUAUCUUAUGCUCUCGAUCCCACGCUGAUCCGUAAACAGGAUGCAACAUCUACCAUCAUCAGCAUCUGCAGAAAUGUGAUUGGGCAAAGUCUGACCUGGGACUUCAUUCGAGCCAACUGGAAGAAGCUAUUCGAGGAUUAUGGUGGUGGCUCCUUCUCCUUCUCCAGCCUAAUCCAGGGAGUGACCCAGAGGUUUUCCACAGAGUUUGAACUACAACAGCUUGAACAAUUCGAACAGGACAACAUGGAUGUCGGCUUUGGUUCAGGAACCCGGGCCCUGGAGCAGGCUCUGGAGAAGACCAGGUCCAAUAUUAAUUGGGUGAAUGAGAACAAGGAGCUUGUGCUGGUGUGGUUUAAUGAGCACAGCAACUAGGCUUGCAGUACUCCCCUGUGUGACCAAUGCUGAGGUGUGUGUGUGUCUCUCUCUUGAAGGCCUGAGUCCAGCCAGAAGUGGGGUGAGGGACACACCAUUCUAAAAAUCUUCCUGAGCCCUCUUCCCUGCCUCCGUCCUCAGGCUUAUAAUAUCGUUCUUGAGACUUGUCUUUAUGUGUUCCUCUGCUUUUCCUCAUGCCAAGCCCGCUUAGCAUUGACAGUAUCUGAAAAAAGCCCAGGUCCUGGGUGGUAUCAUGGACUCUUCUUACCGGGGAGGCUUUGUUCCAGGGCUAAUCUCAGGGAAGCCCAUGUUCCAUGGGCUGAAUAACUCAGAUAGGAAGUAGGGCCAUUCUUUGGCUGCCAUCCCUUCUCUCUCCUCCUCACCUUGAAAGUCCUAGCAUCUGAGAAAUCAAUGGGGAAAGUAUCUGUAUAUUUUUUUCCAAGGGAAAAUGUAAAUAAAUGAUUUCUAGAUGAA